GAAGAUGGGAAGGAGAAAGAGAGAGAGAGAGAGAGGGAUAGAAGGAAGAAAUCUUCAGCAUUCAAUCAAAUCCAUGCUAAUUAUCAAAAUCUAUUCCAAAUGCGAAAAUACGAAGUCCACGAAUAAAAAGCAUGGCAACCAAUUGUUUGGAGAAUAUUUUGCUGAAUUACAUCUGUAACAAUUUGAAAUUAAUAAGUAGAAUAUGCAAAAAUCAAUCAUUAUAUCUACCUCAACAAGUUGGAAAUAAAAUUUUUGACUUCAUUAAUAAAGAAUAUAAACAAUUGGAUGAUGAUGAUUUGGAAUUUUUCUCUCCUGAUGUCUUAUCAUUAACACAUAUUUUAUUGAGGAGACAUCAGAUAAUAAAUGAAAAUUUUCCAACAUUUAUUAAUAAUCAUUCAUUGGAGUCUCUAGCACUGGAAGGAUUUUGUAAAAUUUGUAAUUUACUGAUUGGUAACUCUCUUCAAGAUCUUGAACUGAAAAGAUGCGAUUCUAUUGAUUGUAGCUGUUUUGAGGUAGAUAUAUGCAAUCUAAGAUCUCUCAAUAUACAAGAUAGUAAAAGCCUUAAACUGAUUAGUAGUAGUUUUAAAUUACUUGAAUUGUGCACGGAAUCUCUACAUAAAUUAACAUUAUCCAAUUGCCUUUUAACAGAUGUUGAAGGUCUAACACUAGGCAAUUUGUUAACAAGGUGUAAAUCAUUACAAGCAAUCGAUUUCAGUUGUAAUAAAGAUAUUGCUGAUAGUUGGUUACACAUAUUUGAUGGACUAAAUUCGUCUGCUAAGACACUUCAAAGUGUUGACCUCUCAAAUUGUCAUUUCACUGAAUAUCAAUUUGUUUUGUUAAGUGAUUUACUCAAUGAAUGUACUUGUCUACAAGAAUAUAGUAUGGAGAAUAUUGAUAUAAACAGAAGAGAAUUUAAUAGAAUGUGUAAUUCACUGAAAAAAUCAUCGCAUUCUCUUAAAAAUCUUAAUCUUUGCAACACUUUGAAGGAGAAACAUCACCUUGAUUUGUUGACGGAUUUACUAGUAAAAUGUAAUUGCCUGAAAAACAUCAAUUUAUCUAAUAACGAACAUUUUGGAAGUGAUUUUAUUGGAGUUUUUAAUGCACUAGAAUCGUCUUCAUCAAGUCUUUUAUCAAUUGAUAUAUCAUCUUGUUUCAAGGACGAAGAAAAUGAUAAUCCUUUGUCUAGUUUACUUUCACACUGUAGUUUACUUCGUAAAAUCAAGCUAAGUGGUAAUCAUUGGAACCAAGAAGGUUUUGAGAGAAUGUGUAAUGCAUUAAAAUCACCAUCAAGGAAUCUUCUAUCAAUUGAUGUGUCAUUGAAAAAUUUGGAUAAAAGCCUUUAUCGCCAUCUAGGCAGUUUUUUAUCAGAAUGUACAAAAUUACAAGAAAUUCAACUAUCCGAUAUAGGUCAGUCAGUUGAUAAAGAGUUUGAGAAAAUCUGCAACGGAUUAGAAUCAUCGUCUGAAACUCUUUUAUCGCUCAGUUUGCGUUCGUGCGAUAUAGAUGGAAACAAUGCUUUCCAUCUAAGUGAAUUACUCAUGAAAUGUACAUCGUUACAAAAAUAUAAACAUGAAGGAAGAGAAGCUGAUCUGUUACAAAACGAUUUUGAAAAUAUUUGCAAUGGACUAACAUUGUCAGCCAGAUCUCUUGUUGAAAUUGAUUUUUCAAAUGCUCCUAUCCUAGCUGUGGACAGUGAGAAUAGCUGUUUAAAUAAUUUGAUUUUUGAAUGUAAGGCAAUAAAAAUAGUCUACGUGCCAAAAAAUAUAGAUAUUACUCUUCUGGCUGUUAGGUUCAAAUCGUUAAAUCGUCAACUUCUCAUCAAUGACCAACUCUUUUAUAAUAUAAUUGGAAAUUUGAAUUUGAACCAUUCUGUUGAAAAUUUGAAAACAAUUUGUAAUUUCUUAAAAUCAUCAACGAAAUAUAUUUCAUCAGUUUGUUUAUGUAAUGCAGCAGGUGACAAACAUAUUGAGAUCUUAUGUGAUUUUUUUCGAGAAUGUCAUACUUUGCGAAGUAUCAGUCUGACAGACAGUUCUUUUGGAAGAGACUUUCACAGAGUAUGCAUGGCUUUAAAAUUAUCAUCUAAAAGUCUUCGAUCUAUCCAUCUAUGUGAUUGUAGUCUGGAGCAAGAGGAUUAUAAAUAUGUGGGUAGUUUACUAAGUGAGUGUAAAUCUCUUCAAGAAAUCAAACUAUCCUAUGAUGGAGGUUUAGAUGACGCAUUCAAGAUAAUAUGUAAUGGAUUAAAAAGCUCUUCCCAUUCGCUAUUGUCAAUUGAUUUUUCUCGUUGUGCCAUUUCCUAUUUGGAAUUUGAGCCUUUAUUAGAUUUAUUCGACGAAUGCGAAAGCUUGCAAAAAAUAGAUAUAUCAGGCCAUGAGGGAUUCGAUUCAGAACUUGCAAAUGUAUGUUCAAAAUUAAAUAAAUUUGCAAGCCAACUCUUGUUAAUUAAUUUGGGAAAUUGUGACGUUCAUAAUUUUUCUGAUGUGGAAGGGUUGCAAGAAUUUCUUUCACAAUGUUUUUCAGCCCAAAACGUUUCACUAUCGCUUACAAAACAUCAAUUUAGGGACAUUGAAGAAAGUGCUCUUGCUGACGGUUAUAGCUUUUCUCAUAUUGGAGAGCUUUUUGAUAAAUUUAUGGAUAGAAUGGAAUUUUCAAAAUCAACAAUUGUAAAUAUAGAUAUAAUGUAGAAAAAUUUGAAAUAUUUGUUGAAAAAGCAAACAGAAAGAUUUGUAAAAUAAAGAAGAGAAGAUAGUAGUAGACUUUUUUUUUUAAUUUUUCUCUACUUAAAACACAUGCUUGUGUUCUGAACUAGAAACUCAUUCACUCAAUACUAUAAAGAAAUAUUAUGGAAUAGAAUGCCACCCAAAAAAUUUGAAAACAAGUGAUGAUAUGAUGAAACCUAACAAAUCUUUACCAUAGCAACUGUGUAUGUUUUUUAAUGUUUUUUUCUGCUCAUAGAUGGCUCCACAAUCAA